ACGCCAAAGUUGAGGAUGAUGAGUUGCCUUUCAACCUUAAAGCAAACCUUUCAUUUAAAUUAGAAAAGAAAAAGAAGUAGGGCCUUACUUUCUUCAACCCCAAGCCAACCUUUCAUAACUUCAAAUCAACUGUAAAUAUGCACUAUAAACCCAGCUCUAUAGCUACCAAUUUGCCUGCGAAAAUGGCUGCAGCAACUGCUCCGGUUGCCAUUGGCACACGAGGCACUAUAGGAUCGCUGGUGAGGAAAGAAAUUGAUUACUUCACUAAGAUUGAGUUAGAGAGAUGUAUGAGCUCCAGAAAACCUCUGGCACAGCUGUUUGAUAUUGGUUCCAGCAGUGGUCACUCGAGGCCUAGCUUCUGGUCCUUGAAACUGAGCUGGAAAAGAAAGAAGAGAAGAGGCAGCAGUAAUGGAUUCCUUCCAAGCAUCUGUACUGCUGUUGAAGUUGCAGAUUCCAAUCGCCCAAAUGGGAUUCCUGGAUUCAGUUACAGAAUCUUGAAGGAUGACGCAAAAAACAUGAUUUUUUAGGCAAUCCUGUAAAGAGCCUGACAUGGUUCCUAAUCUCUUUAAGCUGGUAAAUAUACGUACGUGUGAUCGAUUGGACCAUGCUUUUGCUACUACUUCUAUUCUCAUCUGAGGUCCAUUAUUUCAGUGCUAGUAGAUUCUGUAGUCAAAUUUCUUAUCUAUUGGGGCUUUUUGUUCAAAGGAAUGUCGUCAGGAUCUUAAGGCUUGCUAAUGAUCUCCACAGGUUCUAUUAGCAGCUUGUAUCUAAUUCCAAAAAUUGCAGGUUUCUUUGAUGUUAGCAUGUUUAAUUUCCAAUUCCAUAGAGAUUGUGUAUA